AUGUUUCGAAUGCUUCUUUGCCAGUUGGUGCAUUUGAGACCAAAAAAUAUUUCCAGGCGAUUUUCGGAAGGGAUAGAGAGCAUCAUGGUUUCGAUGACUUAUUGGGUUGUGCGACACGCCGAACGUGAGGACAAUAUAAACUCAUCGUGGCAAAGUAGUUCGACGUUAAAGAGUGAUAAUUCGCCGUUGUCGAAAAGGGGACAAGGACAAGCAGAUGAGCUUGCUGUUCGUUUCAGUAACAUUCAUUUGGAUCAUAUCUUUGUUUCACCUUUUGAUCGUACUCUUGAAACAGCUACACGACUCUUGCGAGGCCACAACAAUGCUACCAUUAAAGUUGAACCGGGAUUAUGCGAGGGAUUGUAUAUGUGUGAAGACCCUCCCGGAUAUGAAGAUCUGAAUAUUCUGAAAGGGAAAUAUCCACUUGUCGAUACAUGUUAUAAGUCUGUAAUGCCGUGGAAGCUUCCUUCAGAAGGUGACGGCGAUAAAGCUUGCACACCACGUGUACAAAUGACUUUGGAAGGGAUUGAGAAACGUUUUCCAGGUACUGAAGUGUUACUUGUGUCUCAUGGGGCUCCAAUUGGUGCAAUCCAUGAAGUGCUGGGUGGUUCUUGGAAAUACGUUGGCCAAGCAACAGUAUCAAAGUUUGUCAAAAAACCGAAGGGUGGUUAUAUCAAAGAACUCAGCGGUGAUGCAUCUCAUCUUAGCGACAAAACUAAUCUUCGACCGUGGUAG